AUGGAUCGUUAUUCGAGAAGGGAUUUAGAGGAUCUUGUUGUGCCUAACUAUCAGGAGACAUCAGAUUCAUAUCCAUCUCCUGAUAUGUGGGGUGCGUGGAACAUGAACUCCCAGAAAGCUGCGGACAAAUGCUUCGAUUUCGAUGUGAUCAACAAUGGUUUCAGCGGAGGGCUAUACAGUCAGAUGGAGAUGGAUAUGGAUAUGGAGAUGGGGACUAGUGGAGAAGUAGAUAACGAAGAUUCAAAGAGGUUAAAGGCGGCUGGUGAUUGUUUCUACCGCCCGAAUUCGUCGCUUCAUGAUUUCGAUGGAAUCCAACAGAUGGACGACAUAUUCUUAAGUUCAAUUUUGGAGGAUGUUCCAGGGAAUGAAAACAACAGCCCAGGUUCCUCCAGUGCUGCUUAUCUCGAUGGCAGAGAAGUCCCAAUGUUUCAUUACAACUGGGAGACUUGUCAAGACAUGCCUCUUAUGGGGCAAGAGGAACCAGUGAAGAUCGAGGAUCUGUGUGAGGAGAAGAUCGAGGAGGCAUCUGCAGAAGAAGUUGUGUUGCAGGAUCUACAAAGGGCAACGGAAAAGUUGACUGAUGAUGCCCGCAAAUGCUUCCGCGAUACCUUUUACCGCCUUGCAAAGAACUCACAACACAAGUCCGAAUCAGGAAACAGCAUAUCAGAGGAGUUCCUUGAUGGUCAAACAAGUAGGAACAGAAAUCAGAAGACUGAACUGGAAACAAACUCAAUGGACAGAGCCGUCGCAAAUCUCACAUUCAACAAGAUGGAAUCAAACAUGAGAAAUCUGCCUGCACCUAAGAGAGUUUCUUCUCUUCAAGGAUAA